CUGUGUCACAUAAUUCUCAGUUCUAAAGUAAACUUAUAUUAUGGGAAGGACGAGUUUUUAUAUAGAAGAUAUUUUGAAAAGACCAGAAAGGAAUAAUCUCCAAACGACCCCAGACCAAGCAUUCCUAUCUUGCCAAGCAAAUUAUGAUUUAUUCUGGCUGGAAUACAAAAGAAAUUCCAUCGCAUCUGAUCAAAGUUUAUUAUGGUGGAAGCUAUACUGGAAUAAUUUUCGUCGAUAUUAUCUCAAAAUAUCUGAAGAAACUGGAGUAGUGUUCAGGAAUUCCGAUUUUUUCAAUAAAUUCGAACAAACAAAACAUGAUACUAAAAGUUCAGCAAGGAACACGAAAGAAUUAGAAAAUUGUGAACAAAUUAACAAGAACUUAAAGGAAGAAAAACCGCCGGAGGUGGGUGGGUCAAAAUACCCCUCCGAUUCCCCGUUGUUCAAAUUAGAAAUGUUGACAUCGGUGAAAUUCAUGCCAAAAAGUUCAGAUAUUUGUCCAAUCAAAAGAUUGUUAGAAAAGAAAGUUCCAACUCAUUCCAGACGAAGAAAGUCCAGAACUGCAUUCACCGCACAACAACUAUCAGAACUUGAAAAAGUUUUCCGUAAACAAAAAUAUUUAACACCCUCAGACCGAGACAGAAUUGCCAACAAUUUAAACUUAUCAUCAGCUCAGGUAAUAACUUGGUUUCAAAAUCGGAGAGCUAAGUAUAAAAGAGACGUUGAAGAAAUGAGAAAUGACUUACUCUAUGCAAGAAAAUUGAAGAAAUCGAAUAUAGUGGAAAAUCAAGACUCUAAAGCUAAACAAGCUACAACCGAGGACUAAUACAUCUGAUGUAUCGUUAGAUGUCGUGGUCAAUUAUUACCAAUCGUUUGUCCAGAAUCGUGAUGCGCCAAUCGCUGAUACAAUUCUGGUGUAGUUCUGCGUUGUGUUUUCUGCUAACUAACUAACACAAAGACCUCAAAAUGCCAGCAAAGGCAAUAUUGAAUAAUCUAUUUGUUGCCGUUUCACUGAAAUUUCCAUAAAGAAAUAAUAGCUCUCUAAUCCAUAAGUAAAGCAUUUAUUUAUAUAUAUUAUGCGUAUUGUAUAAUAAUUGUAUGUAUUUUAUUUGAAUUGAAAAUUUUAAAUGUUCACAUAACUUUAUCACAAAUAAGAGUAAUUUCAAACCACUUUAAAUGGUUAAAAAUAUCCUAUCACACAUUUUGAUCGUCCGUGAAACUUAUUUUUGUUUCGCCUUUGAUAAUGACACGACUCAACGUCUUUAUUCCAAACCUAAGGGAACAUCGCCUUAUGUGCGGAGUCUCCAAAAAUAAUAAUGUGACAUAGGAUUUUAUAAACAAUAUCUUGAUGACUAAAAAUAAUAUUUAUUGAACAUUUCAUACGUGGAUUGCACUUACAAUCAUCUCGUUUAUCAGUGAAUAUAUAUAUAAAUCGUCAAUAUUUUUUCGAAUUAUAUUAUAGGCUAUAUAUAUUUCAAGUAAGUUCCUAUGACAUCUCGAAGUUCUCUUUGUUCAACUGUUUUAAAGUAAUUUCAAAUUUCAUUUAUUGCGUUACUUGAAUUGAAAAUUGUCGUGCAUGGUAUAUCAAAUACAUGUAACAAGAAAAAUAUUCUCAUGGCUGGUUCACAAGCUGUGAUGUGGACAGUUAUGCUUUUUCCAAUAUUGGCCUUGAUUGCGCCAGUGAGUGUGUUUCAUAUUUCAGACAUUACAGAGAGUCCUAAUUGUUGUUAUAUCAUAUGUAGAUAAUAUUAUUUGGGAAAUAUUUUGUUCAACGAAUUUGUUAGCGGAUGGGACGCGUUUGA